AUGAUCGUACAUGAGAUUAUCCCCCGAGCACAGGCGUUUCUUGCUGACUACAGGUCCCAGCAAGCUCCUGUGGCGAUCCAGGAGGAAGUGAGAGGCAAUGUCAAGUGGUGUGCGCCGGAUCCCAGACGCGUAAAGAUCAAUACUGAUACGGCCAUCCUUCACGGAGAUGGGAUCAGUUUAGAAAUGGUUGCCCGAGGAUCACAGGGCCAAUUCCUAAUGGCGGCAGCUAUGAAAAUCCCAGGUAGAUGGGAGGUCGAAGCGACAGUGGCAAGGGCAGCGGAGUUUGGUGUACAGAUGGCACAACAACAUAAUUUUAUGAACCUCAUCAUUGAGGUUGACAGUCUUGGAUUGGUGUCAAAAAUUCAAACAGCCGAGGAGAUUAAUUCGGAGACUGUCGUAAUUUGCAGAAACAUCCCGCCGCAUUCUGGAAGAGUCAGGUGCAUGGUCUUGGCAGCAUGUCUAUCGUGA